AUGCAGGACGUUCUGCGCCUCUCGGCAACCAACUCAUUAACAUGUGGCACCCAAUAUCUGCUGCGUCUGGCUCUCCUGCUGCCUCUCAUUUGCUCGGCGUGGAGCGCAGCUCUGGACGCAGGCAUGGUGGAGGUUUCCUCCGCCUCGGCGCAGGACGCUACGCUGGGCUGCACCGCCACACGCAGACCCGGGCUGCAGUACCUGGCCGUCAGGUGGUACAAGCUUGACAGCUACCCAUCUCUUCAGCGCCGCGGCCUCCUCGGCAGAAGACUCCCCAACGGCAACGCCACUUUGUACAAGGACGUCACCAGGGAGGUGGAGCUGCAGGGUGAAUCCCAUGACCUCUUCCUGUCCAACGUGACGUGCAGCGACAGUGGAGUGUACCUGUGCUACCUGGCUGCACCUGUGGGGCAGCAGAACCAGGAGGGCAAAGUUCUGCUCACUCUGACAGAUUGUCCUGCAGGUCCAGCAGAUCCUCCUGCAGGUCCAGCAGAUCCUCCUGUUGGCUCCACAGAUUCUCCCGUCAGACCUGAGACGCCUCUGCUGGCGGACACGGUUAUGGUCAUUUCUGCCUCGGUGCUGCUGCUGCUGGCGCUCAUCAUAUCCUUCAUGAGCUACAGAUGUUUGAAGAACACAAUAAAAGACCGACUUCAGACGCCCAAGAAAGAGAUCUUGCUGGACGCGCCGCUGAAACCGCUUGACAAAAAGGACUUAAUGCUGAUUUACACCUUGGGUCCCAAAACAUCCACCCUGAAGCACAUCUGUGUCUGAAGAUGGUCUGUGGAGACAGAUGCAGAAAAGUCCCCCCCCCCACCACCCACAGCAGACCGCCAGGGCGCUGCAGGCACAAGCGAAGAGGAAGCGGCGUUGUCUGAGGCGGGGUCCAGCAUGCGGGUCGAUCCUUUGAUCAUGCGAGUUGCUUGGUCUGCUUCCGGCCCAGAACAGCGAGCUGGUUAGCAGGAUCUGAUUGCUUGGACGCUUCCUGGCAAAAUCGUGAACAAUGCAAAUAAGCUGCUCCAUUUAAGGAUGGAUAUAGUCUCCAUGAACAGGACUGAUAACGAUCCAGAUGCUGUGAUUUUUAUGUUUUUUAUUUUACAAAAGAGGUGCUUUUUAUGUUCGCCCUAACCUAUUUCAUACCUUUUGUAUAUUUAGUCAUUUUAAUACCUGACUUUUUUUUUUUUUUUUUUUUUGCUACAAAAUGCCAGCCGUCCAUCAGUCUAUCCCCACACGUUCAUACCCGCUUCAAUGGCUGACAGUUAAUAGCAAUAUUUUAAAAUUGAACUUGUAAGCGAGUGAGGUAAUAUUACCUACCAACAGAAAGUCACCAGGAGUAAUUCUGAUUUGAUCAGAGACAAUAAUCUUUCAUAUUUCAAUGGGCAGCUAUACUAAAGCAAAAUAGAGAAUAAUGUGUAAUAUAUAAUAUUCAACUAAAUAUCUAAAUCAUAAUUUAUGGUAUUGAAGCAUAUUUUAUCACCAUUAUCUCUAUAACUCAGAGAUAAUGGUGAUAAAAUAUAGAGAUAAAAUACUCAGCAAUAGGUUAAAAAAAAAAGCUGAUAUGCUGCAGUGUAUGCAAAAAAGAUAAAAAUGAAAGGAGGUAUGAUUUGGAGGAGAGGUGACUCCAUAAAGUCUUUAUUUGUUUCAUUCUGAGAUAAUUAAAACAAAUAAUUUAUGUCAAACAUAAAAAAUGAGCAGAAACACUAACUAACAAGUAAAAACUGCCCACUGAGUUGGUUUAUCUAAUGAACCAGUUGAUGUGACUAUUUAGACCAGGGGUGUCCAAAGUGCGGCCCAGGGGCCAUUUGGGCCCUUGGACUGAUUUUUUCCCCUUUUAAUUAGGGCCAAAUUAUCACUGACAAUUAAAAUCUCACAAUUGAAAAUGUCACGUAGAACAUAAAGCGUAUAAUAACCAAAUUUUUUUUUACAUUCGCUUUAAUUUCAUAGUAAAUAAGACCACAUCUAUCCAAUUACUUUUACUCAAACGCAGACUUUGGUGCACCAACAUCUGCAUUUAAAUAUUUAUAAAAAUUUGCUUAAUACAGGAAGUGUUUUUCAAAAACUGACCCAAAUCUUGUUUUGAUUGCUGAAAAUAGACAAAAAAUAAAAAUAAUUCAGUCGAGCCCAAAAGAAUUUGCAAACUGUCUGACCAUCUGUUAAUGAGGCAAACAUGCAAAACCCUUUUUAAGUUUUGGGUCUACAAUGAUUCACACUUCCCUUUCUAACAAAAACUUGACUGAUUUGUUCAAUUAAAAUAUUGCAGGCCCAUGUUUUGUAAAGCAGGUCAAAAAAAUAUUUUAAAUCACAAUAUACUGUUUGGAUAAUUUUACUUGGUUUUCAAUGUACAGUUUUGGGCCUCCAGUACUUUUGACUUAACAGUUUUGGCCCUCGUGAUGAAAAGUUUGGACACCCUUGAUUUAGACAAAAGCUGCUACUGAUCUGCUCCAGAAUCCAGCUAUUAGUGAGCGGAGUUCUUGUUUAAUGUUCUCAUAUUGUAUGCGUGGGUGAAAGAAAUGUUAUUUAUUAAAACGGAUCUGAUCUGAG